CAGUUAAUUAGAAUUUAAUAGAUUGACUUGUUUUACGGUAUUUCCCAGUGUGUAAACACUGAUUACCCCUCAGAGUGUUUAGGUAUUCUAAGUCUCUGAUCAGAAUAGGGACAGUGACUUCCCAGAAUGUUGCUGAUCCUUUUCUCUAUAUCCCUGUGUUUUUCCUGGGUCUCUCCCGACAGGAAUAAAUUUAUGGUAAUGUAUUUAGCCACCUCUGGCACCGCUGAUUUACCUGAGUAUGUUGGAGUGGGAAUGAUCGACGGAGUUCCAGUGGCCUAUUAUGACAGCAGUGCCCCUCAGAUAGUCUCCCGACAGCAGUGGAUGACAGAUGCCUUUGAUGAGGAAUACUGGGAAUAUCUCACAAAUCGAGGGAAUAAACAUUGUGCCAUUGCAAAAGAGAACCUGAAGAUGAUGAUGAAGAGUACAAACCAGACAUCCGGAAUCCACAUUUUCCAAUGGAUAAGGAGUGUUGAAAUAAAUGAUGAUGGCUCCGUUAAGACAUCAAUGCGAUUUGGAUUUGAUGGAAAUGAUUUUAUUAGUUUAGAGCCAGACAGAAUGAGAUGGGUCGCAUCAAAUCACUUUGCAGUGAAGACUGCGGAAAAAUGGAAUUCAGAUGAAUCCUGGAACAAGUAUUGGAAAUGGCAGUUGGAAAUAGAACUUGUUGAGCGUUUAAAACUACGCUUACACUUUGGAAAGGAAUAUCUCAAAAGGAAAGUUCAGCCUGAGGUGUUCAUCUCCAGAAAUGAGCCCAAUUGUCAGAACAAACUGCUGACUCUCUCCUGCCUGGUCACUGGAUUUUAUCCUGUAGACAUCAAGGUGACCUGGCUGAGGAAUGGAAAGGUCAUGUCUGAGACACAAUCCUCGGGGAUUCGACCGAAUCACGAUGGGACCCAUCAGAUCCAGAAAGAUAUUGAGAUCAAUCCUGGGGAUGAGGAUCAAUAUUCCUGUCGAAUUGAACACAGCAGCAUGACAGAGGCCAAGCUCUAUCAGUGGGAAAUCCCAGGAAACGGUGCGAGACACUUGCAUCUUGAAAUAACAGGAUUUGUGAUCAUUCCACUGCCUGUUAUAGUCGGAAUAAUCAUAUUAGUCGUGUGGAAAAGGACUCAGAGAGAUAAAACUCGAAACCUACAGCAACAAUGCCACAGGAAUUCUGAGGAAGAACACCAAACAAUUUCCACGCAACCAUUUCUGGAAACGGAGCCCACUCUCCAUCAACAGGAAGCCACGGAUAAUAAUGGACAGUGGAUUACCAGAAUGUUGCUGAUCAUUUUCUCCAUUUCCCUGUGUUUUUCCUGCGUCUCUCCUGACAGCAAUACCAUUACUACGGCAUUUCUGGCAACCUCUGGCAUUGCUGAACUACCUGAGUAUUUUGGUGUAACAAUGAUCAAUGGAGUUCCUGUGACCUAUUAUGACAGUAAUACCUGUCAGACAGUCUCCCGGCAGCAGUGGAUGAUGGAUUCUUUUGAUGAGGAGUACUGGGAAUACCUCACAAAUCAAGGGAAUAAACUUGCAGCCAUGGCUAAGGAAAAUCUGAUCACAAUAAUGAAGGGGACAAACCAAACAACAGGAAAGCAUAUUUUGCAAUGGAUAAGGAACGUUGAGGUGUCUGAAGAUGGCUCCAUUAAGAGAACAAUGAAUGUUGGCUUUGACGGAAAGGACUACAUUAGUUUGGAGUCGGACAGAAUGAGAUGGGUCGCAUCACAUCACAAUGCAGUGAAAACAAAAGAGAAAUGGGAUUCUGAUGAAUCCUGGAACAAGUUUUGGAAAUGGCUGAUGGAAGUGGAGCUUGUUGAACGCUUAAAAUCACGUUUAAACAUUGGAAAGAAAUAUCUCAAAAGGAAAGUUCAGCCUGAAGUGUUCAUAUCCAGGAGUGAGCCCAAUCGUCAGGACAAGCCACUCACUCUCUUCUGCCUGGUCACUGGAUUUUAUCCUGUAGACAUCGAGGUGACCUGGCUAAGGAAUGGAGAGGUCGUGUCUGAGACACAAUCCUCGGGGAUUCGACCGAACCACGAUGGGACCCAUCAGAUCCAGAAAGAGAUAGAAAUCAGUGCUGGGGAUGAGGAUCAAUAUUCCUGUCAAGUUGAACACAGCAGCCUGUCAGAGGCUAAGCUCUACCAUUGGGAAAUUCCAGAAAAUAGUGUGGGAUACCUUCAUCUUGGAACCGUAACUGCAUCAGUGAUCAGUGCACUGGCUGUUAUUGUCGGGAUAAUCGGCAUACUCUUCUGGAUUCAGCCAUGGAGAGCUCAACCCUUUCUGGAGACCAGGCCCACGCUCCAUCAGCAGGAAGUCAUGGACAAUAAUGCGAAACUGAAGCUGAUGGGCAUAUCUGAGCCCGAGCUCAAAACACAACCCUUACAGAGAGAGUCAAAUGGUCCACAUGACCCGGAGCAAGGAAAUAAAAUCACAAAUGAAGAAGAGAGUCCAUCAGAAGCAGACGAAUUAAACCCUGCAGGCAGUGUUUCUAAUGUAAAUCUAGGUAGCAAUGUUUCAGAAUUAUUAACUACCAAUGAGGAACAAGAGUCAAUGCAGAGAUUAUUGAGACAAUGUAAUCCAAACUGAGAAAGGUCACUAUUAUAACCCAAUACGAGUCAGUGCCCUCCAGAGUUUGGAGGAACUGAAAAUAAUUGCCAGGACAUAAAAAUUGAAAUUGAUGUGGGUGACAAGCUGACUUCACAAGGGAAAUGAAGGUCUGAUUGCAUUUAUAAAUGCAUUUCAUAGAACCCCUACACUAUAGAAGCAGAUCAUUCAGCCCGUACCAUCCCUUGGAAGAGCAUCCCAUCUGGAUCCACACCCCACCCUAUCCCUGUGAC